AUGUCGAUUCCUCCCCUACCUCUUGAUACUACCCUCCAGGGCCGCUCCGUGCUCAUAACUGGGGCCAAUGUAGGUCUCGGAUUCUCGGCAGCGCUCCUUGCUCUCCAGCUCGGCGCCUCUCCUCUGUAUAUAACAUGCCGGUCAGCGGAGAAGGGCAACAAGGCACGCGAUGAUCUACUCGCCGACCCUGUGGUCAGGAAGAAGAAUCCACGGGCUAUUGUCAAAGUGUACGAACUCGAGAUGUCUAAGUGGGAUGGUGUCACCUCAUUUGCGGAGAAGUUCCUUGACGAUCGCCACAAAGCCGGCGAGGGACUCGAUAUUGCCAUAUUGAACGCCGCUAUGUUUAGUAUCGCAUACGAAGUCGCCCCGACUGGAAAUGAGAUGCUGUUACAAGUGACCUACUUGUCGACCGCACUUCUCUCUCUACUAUUGCUUCCUCUCUUGGAGAAGAGUACUACCUCGGAACACACCGCACGACUUACAUUCAUUACGAGCGGCAUGCACAUGAACACAUCGCUCAAACAUUGUCCUCCCGACGAUGUCAAUUAUCUCGCUUCCCUGAACGAUAAAAAGACUUUCGGUGCAAGUGACCGGUAUGGCCUGACCAAGCUUCUGGUCAUCCUCUUCCUUCGCCAUUUAUGCGAGAAGGUCGGAACCGAUAAAGUCAUCAUUAACAACGCCUGCCCCGGGUUGAUUCAGACCAAGCUGGAACGCAAUCUUCCGUGGGUGAUAGCGCCCUUUGUCCAGCUAAUGAAGUUCACCGCGGGUAACUCGGUCGAGAAGGGAGCAACAUGCUAUAUUGCCGCUGUUGCGAGUGUGGGCCCAGAGAGUCACGGGCAAUGGUAUCAGCGCAUGAAAUUGACGCCUUAUUCCGAGGUCGUCACAGGCACCGAGAGCAAGAAGCUCCAACAGCGGAUCUGGGAUGAGACUGUGAAACAACUUCAGACAGUCUGCCCUGGUGUUGGUACAGCCAUCUGA